CUGCGAUCUGAUAAGCAUAAAGCCUUGGCUUUUCCCCCUCUCUGCCCUUCCCUCCUUCGACAUUGAUCAGCUUGCUCCCAACGCGAAACCCUAAUUGAAAAGUAAACGAGGAAGCCAGGCAAAGGAAGAAGUGACCAGAAGAACCCACCGGCAUCGCCAAUCUUCCUCCGAUUGUUUAGCUCAUCCACCGUCUAUCUCGUUCGAAAUCGGCCGCCGGCGAGGAAAAAGAAAAGUAGCGGGCAGCGCGCGAUGUCGUACGACGACGUGGAGAUAGAAGACAUGGAGUGGAACGAGGAGCUCCAAUCUUUCACGUAUCCGUGCCCGUGCGGCGAUCUGUUCCAGAUAACGAAGGAGGACCUUCGGCUCGGUGAAGAAAUCGCUCGGUGUCCGAGUUGCUCCCUCUACAUCACUGUGAUAUACAACCCCGAAGAUUUCAACGAGGACAAGUCGAAGGGGAAGAAGAAAGGCAACGCCAUCCAGCAGGCGCAGCAGCCGGUCUCUGUUGCUUGAAAUUGAAUUUUCGCGGUGAAGUUCUUGGAGCCAGGUUUUUGUAUUGAAAUCAACAGAGUGAUUCUUUUCUCCUAUUUUUGUUGGUGUGUGGUUAUGGUGUACGAACAUUUUGCGUAAUGGCUGUGUAUUGAUUCAGUUUCCGCACGGGAGACGUUUGGUUGUGAAUUCUGAUAGAGCAAACUAAGACUUGCUAUUGAUCAUGCUGAAUAUGAGCACUGAAAGAACACAUGCUCUCUAGUUUCAUUCUCUGUGGCAACAGAACACACAUAUUGCACUAGUUAUCCAUACUCACAGGCCACAGCCAGGGGCGGACCUACCUCUAAGCAAGGUGUGUCAGCCGACAUACUUUGGUUCGAAAUUUUUGUGAAGAACUCACAUUAUUUCGGUGUAAAAAAUUCAAACACGGAACCUCCGACACGCCUCUAAUAAUUGUAACCAACACAUCUUACUACAUAACAAAAAUUUAGUUGUCAUAAAUUUAUUAAAAUAUGUAUAUAUAGAGUUAUCUGACUUUAGAUUAGGUAAAGUCAAGUAACUAGAAUACUAGAUAGUGUUCCAGACUGUAUUUCCCCGUAGAUUCUUCCAUAGAUUUUUCUUUUAAGUUAAUUUUCAACUUGCUUUCUAGUUUAGUCUUUCUUUCCACGUUGACGUCCACACUCCAAUUAUCGGCUGCGAACCGGCGACAUCCUCAUUCAAACUUCCAUAUUGACGCUUGUGGCCACCUUUUCAAAUACUCAUACUAGUUUUCCCAUCUUAAAUUAGUGUUGACUUUACCUAUUGCAACUACAAGCUACACAAUGACAUUUUCAAGUUAUGAGUUUAAUCGAGAACAAUCUUUGGUAUAAGGUGAGUGACUAGUUUGUGAAUAAUUGUUUAAUCAUGUACAUAAAAUGAUUUGAUUACAACCUAAUGGACAAAUGUAACUACGAAAUUUGUUAGAAUAUGAAAACUCGUCUUGGUUCACUAUAAAAAAUAAUGAAAUUGGUGAAAUUUAUGAAUAAAAGGUUUAUGUUUAUUUUAAAUUAUUUUAAUUAUUAAAUAUUUUAAAAUUGUUUUUAUUAGCCGACACACCUAUCCUAAAAUUCUGGGUCCACCAUUGCUCACAGUAGUGGUUUAGACAUAGUAGUAUAGCAUCAAUAACAAUCAAGCUUGUACCAAUUACGUCAUCAGUUUUAGGUCUAACAAUGUUCCAAACUCUCUUAACAGAGUAUUUUAUUGUUACGUGCCAUCAGUUUUAAGUCUACCAAUGUUACCAAAUUUCUUAACUGGGAGCGGAUUCAGCGCACCUUCUCUUUCCUGAAAAGUCUUUUAUUUCCCUCAUUAAUCUUUAACAGACGAUUUCUCACUCUUUUAAGUUGAUUUUUUUUUUUUGCACAGUUUGAUAAAAUUAAUUGUGCUCUUCAAAAUAAUAUCCACUUUGAUAUAUUUUUUGAACAAAAAAUUUGAGUCAUUUUUUACUAGUCUAUACCAUAUGGUAUUGAAAUAAGAGCAUACCUAUUGUAUGAAAAGCGUACCAUGGUGGUAUGAACAAACCAAGACUGUAGGAUGGUUGAAUACAUGAUAGUAGAAGUAUAUUAACUUUCAUUUACGACUUUUAACAUUGUGUACCACAAGAUACCAUCCCCGUACCAAGGUGGUAUUGUGUGGUAUUUUUUGGUCCUGUAUUUUGUUCACCCAGAAAUUUGUUGAUCCAAUAGAUCAUGAUGAACUCGUUCCUUCUGUGCAAAAUUUUCAAAAACGAAUUAAAAACGAAGAAGAUACCAUAUGGUUACAGUUGGUACGGAGAGGCACGAAAAAAAAUUCUAAAAAAUAUUGAAAAUGGAU